GAACCCACCUUCCUUUUUUUUUUUUUCCCCUACCUUGUUGUUUUAAAGAAACCCACCUCCCUCUCUGGCCCCUCCCCUGUCUCACAGAGUCCAUGGAGGGGCUGUAGAGAGGUGUCCAGAAAUGAAGUCGGGAUCGAGCUCUCCGGUGGUCUCCCGGGCGGGCGGUCCGGGCGACUCCCUCCACGGGCUCAAGUUUGGCAAAAAGAUCUACUUUGAGGACGGGGCCGCCGCCGCCGCCGCCGCCGGCGGGGGCGGCGGUGGUGGGGGGAGCUCCUCCUCCUCAUCAUCAUCCAAGGCCCCAGAACCGGCGGCGCCACCACCGCCGCCGGCGAAGAAGGGGAAGGGGGCGGUGCAGGGGGGGCAGGGGCCGCCCAGGUGCCAGGUGGAGGGGUGCAAGGCGGAUCUGACGGGGGCCAAGGCCUACUACUGCCGGCACAAGGUGUGCGGGAUGCACUCCAAGGCUCCCAAGGUCAUCGUGGGAGGGCUCGAGCAGAGGUUCUGCCAGCAGUGCAGCAGGUUCCACCAGCUACCUGAAUUUGAUCAAGGAAAACGCAGUUGCCGCAGACGUCUGGCGGGCCACAAUGAGCGGCGAAGGAAGCCACCUCCGGGGCCUCUAUCAUCACGCUAUGGUCGCCUGGCCACCUCCUUCCAUGAAGACCCUAGCAGAUUCAGAAGCUUUCUUAUGGACUUCAGCUAUCCCCGUCUUCCAAAUAAUGCAAGAGAUGUGUGGCCGACCGUCCGGGCUGGUGAUCGGGGGCCUGGUAACCAAUGGCAGGGGGGCUUAGACCCUCCAACUAGUGCAGUGAUGGUGCAGGGGCCCCACCAAUACUUGCAGGGUUCUGCAGCAGGGGGUCUCUUCUCUACAGCAGAGGUUCCGCCAGGUGAGUGUCUUUCCGGGGUCUCGGACUCCAGCUGUGCUCUCUCUCUUCUGUCAACUCCGCCAUGGGGCAGCAACACUACCAGAAACAGAGCUCCAAUCAUCCCAGCAAGCAGCAGUUUUGAUGGUGUCCCAACAGCUCAGUCAGUUCCGAACGAUUACAUGAGUAGUCCUUGGGGUCUCAGGGGGCAUGGAGCUAGGAGCAGCUCACAUGAAAUCCAGCAUGGCAUAGGACUAGGACCUGUCACUGAGGCUGGUAGUGGUCAGUUUUCAGGUGAACUUGAGUUAGCUCUGCAGGGGAAUGGGCAAUGCCUGGACCAUGGCUCAGAUAGGACAUACGACGGUUCAGGUCAUGUGAUGCACUGGUCUCUGUAGACCGUUUGAUCUAUUAUGUUCAAAAAUUGUGGAUCCAGUGACCGUUUUGUUAUCCCCAGUGUUUUACAUGUCAAUGACAUUGGCAAAAUCUCUAUGGUAGGUUUUUGUAAGAUCUUUUAGAUCUUAAACUCAUCCAUGGCUCUGUUUUGAACCUAGACCACUAAAAGCACUGGUAUGUUGGAGGUGGCUUUGAUUAAUGUUUCGACUUUGUGGUGUUGUUUUUUCA